UAAAAACCUUCAGCUUCAGCUAACCUCAGUGCCCACCUGCAAGAUGCGUCUGACACUCUCCCUCCUCAUCCUCUUCAUCAGCCUCCCAGCACUGCUGGGUUACCGGGCUCUGUGGCAGUUCAGGUCCAUGAUCCUCUGCACUGUACCUGAUAGCUGGCCUGUUCUGGACUAUGCUGACUAUGGCUGCUACUGUGGGAUAGGAGGUUCAGGAACACCUGUAGAUGAGCUUGACAGUUGCUGUUAUAUCCACGAUAAGUGCUUCAGUCAGGCCAUGCAGCAUGAUGAUUGCUGGCCGAUCUUGGACAACCCAUACACUGAAUCCUACAGCUACAGGUGUGACGAGACCAGCAGGACUGUUACCUGUCUGAAUAACAAUGAUCCCUGUGAACGCUUCAUCUGUGAGUGUGACAGGCAGGCAGCCAUGUGCUUCGCCAAGGCGGGUCACAACAAAGAAAACGCUCAUCUGCCAAGUGACCGCUGCAAAUAAGACGAGGGAGCCAAGAAGAAGAUAAAGUGUCUUUAUAAGAAUACAUAAAGGGGAAAAAACAUUAUUGUAGUUAUAGUUUAUCGUUUGUUGUCAAAUAAAAGCAGAGGUGUUUUUCUUUUCUUUUUUUUUCUCUUGUCUGCAUAUAUAUUUCUGGUUUGUGCAGAGGUGUUUUUCACUUUGAUGACCAAAACUGGGGCACUGAUUCAUGCAGGGCUGGCAUGAAGUAUGCACAUGUUUUUACACACACACAAACACAAGAAUCAACAAAGUUUUUUGAUCCUUUCUGUCUCUUCUUAUCAUAUGUA